AUGAACUGGUGCAAAAGUUCAGCCAAAAAGAACAGGCCUAUUGAGACUGUUGAGACUCAAGAGUGGCAGGCUGGCAGAGCUGAUGAUAUGACAGGACUUGAUGAGGUUUGAUAUGGAUUGAUAUCUUAGGAAGCGCAAAGAGCGUGACGGGGAAGAGAGAGCGAAAAAGAUACGCGCCAUUCGUGGCUACUCAGACGAGAGAUAAAUAUGUGCUUUCAAAUAUCGGGCAGGAGUAAUAAACAGACGCGAUAGAUCACGAAAAACGAACACAAGAAUACAGAGGAAUACUCAAGUAGAAAAACGGAAGUGGACACCUGUUGCUGCCGGCUUUGUUAAUCAUUAGUCGUCGUUAAUCGUUACUCGUUAGACGAUUGCCAUGGCAUAUUUACUCAAAAACCUUACCAAUAGUAUUUGGCAUGCAUUUCACGCUCUUCAGGUCGAUGCUACCAACACGGUCGCUAAAUCCAAAUUAAAGGUGUUGACAGCUAACAUUGGUACCUUGAUGGAUUUGUAUGGUGUAGAAAAAGGCCUAGAGCAUUACCGAAGUACGCAAAGUUUAACGUUUGAUCAAUACAUCUAUUAUUUACAGAAGGAAGUAUUCUCUUCUGUAACUGAUGCAACCUCUGUACAAAUACUGAAGACGUUGGAAGAAGGAGUAGAUGAGAUUUGCUGGUUGGUUUGUAAAAAGAUCUAUCUAGAGAGAUCUCAUUCAGUUUUUGACGAUCACAGUGUUUACCAAUUGUUCAGAAUUUACUGUCUGCUGGCCGAGACAGAUUCAGAUGCAACAGAUUCUUAUCUGGUGAUAAUGCAUGGCGACGAGGUAGCGCGAAUCGCUUCCCAUCUAGUAAUGUCCUUGGGUCUACAAUGGGACGCGGCAGAUUUCUCGGCUCUAUCAGCAGCUAUUGGGACAUUUAGGUUUUCCACAUUUCUGGCAGUUUUGGAAUCCAAAUAUAGUGGUGGUAAUACUUUGGACAUUAUGGCGUUAUCAGAGGCGAUUGAUGAUCUCUACCAGAUUUACAUAGAUAAUGUGGUGAAAAAGGGCUAUUUGAUGAAGAAAGGUUUCCUGCUGCCAACAUUGCGAUAUUUUUGGUUUGUAUUACGUCCCGGUGAAUUGACAUAUUACAAAGAUCCCCAACAAAAAGAGCCAUCCGGAUUAAUACUACUGAACGUUAAUUGUUGGGCCGAUACUGUGACAAACAGUGGAAAGCCCGAUAGAAGAUUCGUGCUUAGCACCCCUGAACAUAGAUGCAUAGAGCUAAUGGCAGAGGAUCACAAAGGUAGACUCCAAUGGCUCGCGGCAUUACAAACAGCCAUUCAGCAUUCGAGCGAGAAGAUCGGCUAUCAGAGAAGUUUGGCCAAUCAACGAAGAUCCUUGCGACAAGCUGUUAAACAGGAAAAAGAAGAGACCAAGUUGGAACUUCAACACGAGAGGCAAGCUAGAAUCGCCGCUGAAAUACAAGCUAGGAAAUUAGAAACUCUGUCGAAGGAAGAAGGUGCUAAAGUUCAACAACUUGAAGAUGUUAAACAAAAAUUAGAGUUGCUGCUACAAGAAGAAAAACAGGCUCUACGUGAUGAGGAAAUAGUACGAAGUUUACAAGCGAGAGUACUACGCGAAGAAUGGGAAAAGAGAGAGCAAUUAGAAAGACUGCAGCUGGAGCAGCAGGAAUUGCUAGAGAUGGAGAAGAUGAAAAGAGUGGAAUUUGAACAGAUGCAGAAAAAAAACGAGCAGCAGUUGCAAGAUGCUGAAUUACGACUUCAGCAUCUAGAAGCGGAAAGAGAACAUUUGGAUACCGAGUUGCGAGCGGCACACGAAAAGAUGAAACGUGCCGAAGAGGCUCAAUUUUUAUUGGAAGCACAAAUCGUGACACGUCCCUUGAGAGGAAAUGAGAGAAUUCGACGUACUCAAAGCUUUAUACCGACAACAAAAGAACGACCGUUGUCCAUAGAGAAAAUCGAUAGCAGAUCUAUGACAAUGCAGAAGAAUAUAUGACAUCAAUAACUAAAAGAUCAAUAUCUUUAUCGUCUGAAUUGCAUUUAAGUCUUCCACCAAAUAGAGUGACACCAAGAAUCUAUAGAAUCUAUUAUACUGUUGCAGAGCAACUACUAUAUCAUAUUUUCAUAAAUAUGAGAAAAUUCCAUGCGAGCUCCGAAUUCAAUAGUUCCUUAUUCUUGAUGCCUUGCUUAUUCGUAAUCUUA